GAUCUCCUUCCCUCAUUUCUCAUUCUUGGAAGUAACUGUUCUGCACCGAGAUCAUAAGCGUGCUAUUCUUCUCCGUCAUGCAGAUGGGUGAUUCAGGGUUGCCGGAUUGUGCAAAUGAGUCUGCAGGCAGCCCUGGAGGCGUCCCAAAGGGGCCAUGAGCACGUUCAACACAGCAUUACUUUACAUAAUAAGGGCCUGGCAAUCAUUUGGCAUCUGCUUGUGGCCGAAUCGUGGCGCCUUCACCUGCUGCCUUUGCUGCGUCGCCAAGAGACAGCGCCGACUUCCUCGCUGCCCUUCAUGCUUGUGCUGCAGACGGAAACCUCCGCCAUGACGCUGGUCGAGUGCUUGGCCUUCCAUGAGGACGCGGCCGAGGCCCUCGAUGGCCUCUCCUUGGACGUCAUCGACUACUGCGUCAGGCAACUGACGGACGUGGCGGCGUUUUCGCAAGCGGAGCAGCAGCCGCUCUACUCUCCACAGGAAGCUCUUCACACUCUCACAGGUUGA